GAUUUAGGGAUGAGAAACAUAAUCAAAGCUCUGCAACGUCAUGACAAGGAGAAAAAGGUAUCAUUCGGCAACGACGCUACAGUGAAGACGUUCAUCUACGAGAAGGAAUCCGAGGAGGCGACCCCGAUUCUACAACGGCAAUCGUUCACCGAUCCCGACGCACCUGUGAACCGAGUUACGGUGACCUCGGAUCUCGUACUACCGGAAUCUCCUAGCCCGAUAUCACCUCCGAAUCAGAUAGAGGAAGUACGCAGGGUGGCAAUAAGUCCUCCUUUGCAUUCAAAAAAAAUGGCGGAGCACGAGAAUCCUUUCCGACCAGAAGAGGUCUUAUAUCAUGAGGUAGAUCCGAUAGUGGAGCAGUAUAUGCACAAACCUUUUCCACCAAGUAGGCCAGGUAGUGCCAAUAAUACCCCAACAAAACAACAAAAAGAUGGCUCCAUAUCCUCUCCACCCUACCUCCAAAAUGGUUUAUCCAAAGAGCAGUUGAUGGACAAUGAGAAAGCACAGACACAGCCACUCCUGCAACCGGAUCAGCGACAAUCUAGUCCUGAGAAAAAUGGCAACAACGCGACUUCGGCCGAGUUCGACGAUCUUCCGCCGGCGGGCAAGGUCGAGCUGUCGCGAGCCGUGCGCACAGUAGAGCGCGCUGCGAUAGUGUGUGAUAGCGAAGAGCCACGAAUAGUGUCGUAA